UCUUAGCCGUCCAUUUCAACACUUAACUUUCAGGGCAACCUAUGCCUAUACCCUUUUUUCUCGGCUAGUUUUCCGUUCUUAUUUUCCCGAGAACCAAACAGAGUGGCUCUUCUCGCUUAAUCGCUUGCUUCAUUUCAUCACUGAUCGUUUAUCUCUCAGGUAAUUGCACUGGUAUUUUGCUUGAUCGUUUCUAAGUUUUUGAGGAAUUCGGCAUAGGGUUUUUGGUUUCAAUUGCUGAUUAAAUAUGAAUUUGAAGCAUCUAAUUUUUAGGAAAUCAAUCAAUCAUAUAUCAAAAUUAAGUCCAAAACCAGCUUCUACAAUAUCAGCCGCAAUAUCUACUUCCCUCCAUCCAAUAAGUGGUGUUCAAAGCUCUGCGUAUAUUAAAAACCCUAAACCCAUUUCCCCUUUUAUUAGAUGUAUUCACUUAACCAGAGAAACUAAGCUAAGUUAUGCUAGUGUUGAAGCAAAUGUUGUGUCCAGUGAUUCUGAGGAUGAGGAUGAUGGGACUACGAAAGAGUUCUUAUCUCGAUUCGUUUGGAUAAUGAGAGGGAAGUUAUCCGAAGUGUAUACGGAUUGUGAUAAGGAGACGAUUAAUGGGAUGCUUUUAGUUAUCGUGGAGAAGGUUGUGGAAGAGAUGGAGAAAGGCGGUAUUCAGCGGAUGGUUGGUUUGAAAGUGGCGAUGCCAUCGCAAGAUUUUAGCGAAGAUUUAUGGAAGACUGUAUGGGAAGCGAGUAAUAUGGUGUUGGAGGAUAUGGAGAAGGCGAGGAAGAAGGAGAGAAUGAAGCAGUUUUUGCAAGCUGAAGAAGUGAAAGAAAUGUGUAGGUUCGCUGGUGAAGUUGGGAUUCGUGGGGAUUUGUUGAGGGAGCUACGGUUUAAAUGGGCGAAAGAGAAGAUGGAGGAGAAUGAUUUUUACGAGAGUUUGCAACGUUUUAGGUCCGGAAAGCAAGAGAAAGGUCGGAAUGUCUUGAAGGAACAAGCUGUUGCAGCAGAGGAUACACCUGCGGUUGCUUCUCUUCCAAAAAGAAAGGGAAAGAUUAAGUAUAAGAUCUAUGGACUGGAUUUAUCGGAUCCUAAGUGGGCUGCAGUGGCUGAUAAAAUCCAUGAGAAAGAGGAAAUGCUUUGGCCUCUGGAACCAAAGCCAAUAUCUGGGAAGUGCAAAUUGGUCAUGGAUAAAAUCCUUUCUUUGAAAAAGGAAGAUGAUCCUUCACAGCUUUUGGCUGAAUGGAUACAACUUUUGCAACCUACUCGUGUUGACUGGAUCACUUUGCUUGAUAAAUUGGAACAACAAAAUCCCGGCAUACACUUAAAGGUUAUGGAACUGGUUUUGGGUGAAGAGUCUUUCCAAACAAACGUUCGUGACUAUACCAAACUGAUCGAUGCCUAUGCUAAAGAGGAUCGUGUAGAAGACGUUGAGAGGAUCCUUAGGAAGAUGGUUGAAAAUGGUAUAAUGCCUGAUAGUUUAACUAUCACGGUUCUUGUUCACAUGUAUAGCAAGGUAGGGAACGUUGCCCGUGCUAAUGAUGCAUUUGAAAGCUUGAGGAACUAUGGCUUCCAACCGGACACGAAGGUCUACAACUCAGUGAUGAUGGCAUAUAUCAAUGCUGGUGAACCUCGACAGGGCGAGCAAUUACUAAGAGAGAUGGAAACAAGAGACAUCAAACCCUCGGAAGAGAUUUACAUGGCAUUGCUUCGGUCUUAUUCUCGUAGAGGUGAUGCUGUUGGAGCUGGACGAAUUGCGAACAGCAUGCAAUUUGCAGGAUUUCAACACAAUUUGGAGUAUUUUGCAUUGCUCGUGGAGGCAUACGGGCAAGCCGGUGACUAUGAUCAAGCCAGGAGCAAUUUUGACAACAUGAUAAAACUCGGACAUAAACCGGAUGACAAGUGUACCGCUAACAUGAUUGCUGCUUAUGAGAAGAAGAAUUUGUUAGAUAAGGCCUUAAAUCUUCUAAUGGAGCUAGAGAAGGACGGUUUUGAACCCGGCAUAGAAACAUAUACCGUUCUUGUGGAUUGGUUGGGUAGAUUGCAGCUGGUUGACGAAACCGAAAAGUUACUAGACAAGAUUGCGCAACUAGGCGAAGUUCCUCCUUUAAAGGUUCACGUAAGCCUCUGUGAUAUGUACUCGAGGGCUAAAUCCGAGAAAAAAGCUCUACAAGCUGUUGGAGUUUUGGAAGCUAGGAAAGAUGAACUAGGUCCCUGUGAGUUUGAGAGAAUUAUAACUGCACUUUGUGCAGGUGGAUUCGUGCAAGAUGCUCAAAGGAUACUUCAAUUGAUGGAAGCUAAGGGCUUUGCUGCAUCGGAACAAGUGAAAUUCUCCCUAUCGGCAUCUCAGGUUUUCAGCCAGAAAAGACCCAAGACAUAACCUACUCGUUUAAAACCUGCUCGUACAACGUCUACUAUUGAAACCAUGCCGACAAUUCUCCCGUCUAUCACCGGAACAUGUCGUAUGUGAUUGUCUGAGGGAUCGUUAUCAAGGAUGGUUGAUGUUAUAAAAUUCAAAGGGAAAAACUAUGAGUUUUGAGAUUCUUAAAACACUCUGGCAAUGAAUAAACUAAGUUUACCUGUCAUGAGUUGCAUUGCUUGAAGAAUGCUUGUAUCAGAUUUCAUUGUGAUUAAUUUGUUCUGUUUCAUAAAGGACAGGUUUUAAUGGUAGCAAGAACAUAAAUAUAUAAAAGGGAGUAAUAUGCCCUUUGGUA